GCCAAUGCAACGUUGCCAGCUGGCGUUGGCCGCUCCGAUUGUGUGUUUGUUGCCCGUCGCAUUGCAUUUUGCAAUUGAUUCUGAAGAAUGAAGUGCUUCUGCAAGCAGGAAUGUUUCUUCAGUGCUGGGGCUGGCAUCGGAAGGUUUGCUGUGCACGGCCUUGCCUGAUAUCCUUUCUGGUUCAAAACUUGUGACAGCUCGUGGUGCCUUUGGUUGUGAUCACCACUAGGUCCUUGCUUUAUUCUCCUGUAAUGGCAAAGCGUGAAGCGCCUGCCGAAGCACCGCCCGAGAUUGUGGCCUCUACAAGCAGAGAUGUGGAGGCUGCGGGACCAGCCCCGCUCCCUGAUGACGCGAUUCGCCUCCCGGAGAGUUUGCCUGGUUGGAAGUAUGAUGGAAUCCUCUACUUCUCACGGCUACUCAGCUUUGUCACGGCCACAGCGGCUGUCAUUUGCGCCGUGAUCCACGGGCUGGCAGCAUACCGCAGUUUCAAGUACCAUGGAGAUGUGUUUCUUGGUAUACUGCGGAUAUAUGCUGUCCUGAUAUCGGUCUGGACGGCAUUAGCAGAGACGGAGUGGGAGUUUGUCUUCAGGUCGUUCUCAGUCCUCCAAUACUGGAUCGCCCGCGGUGUGCUCCAGAUCUUCGUCGCCGUGCUAACGAAGGCGCUUGGCCACACGGUGUUCUCGAGCGACUACGAGGUCCUUUUGCACAUAGUGGCCAGCUGGAUCCUCUUGGGAUGCGGAAUCGUGUACAUCCUGGCCGGAGCCAUGUGCAUCGGCAGCUUGAAAAGGACGCGCAUGCAAAAGGCCUUGCGGCGGGAGGAAGCGAUUCGAGAUCUGCGGGAAAGUCACGGAGUUAGGGAACGUUUGCUCGCCUAGGAUGUCUCUGUAUGUCGAGCGGACCGGCUUCUUUAGAAACCUUUGACAGGUCGCUGUACGACGGUGUAUGAUCCGGUUAGGGAGUCGAGACAGUAGUGUAAUAUAGGUUGUCAACAAUCAGAAACAUAAGAGCCUCCAACUCUGGGCUGAGAGGCGUGCUGAGAGGCCACCAAGUGAGUUUGCAGGUCAUGCAUCACGAUUCUAGCUUAGAAAGCAUACGAGCGAUCCCGACUGUCCCUCUCAGCAUGAGAAGAUCGUAGAUAAGAAUAAAAGCACUUCUAAGCAAAGCCCGAGUUGUGCCUCUGUUUUCGCCUUAACGUGUCAAUCUGCAAUGAAUGAACCGACUGGG